AUGGUGGUGGCCGCUGUUUACUUCGAUGAUGUACUCCACAAUGGUAAACGCUUGGAAGCUGUACAAAGACUAUACAAACCAAGAAUCAAUCAAUGUACCCAGCUAAAACUUUGCACAAAAAGUAUCUUCAAGAUAAUAAAUAUAACGCACUCAGAAUCGGCACUGGAUGCAGGUGUUCCCUCUACUGCCUCAGGAAUGGAAUUGUUUAAUUCCAUCUCGACUGCAAGUGGAGAGGGCGGCCCUUUGGCAGACUACAUGGAAGUAGAUAUGAGCAAUUUAACCGCCCAGCCGAAUUCAAGUCUAUUCGUGACGCAAGGAAAGAAUCUCGUUGACCGGUUUUCAAGAAAUCGCGCCGUCAGCGAUCACUGGCAUUACGCACUCAUAAGCAUUUACUUGGGUAUGAUUAUAUUUGGUACAGUCGGCAACAUCUUCGUCGUGAUGGCGGUAGUGAGAAAGCCCAUAAUGCGGACCGCCCGCAACCUAUUCAUACUAAAUUUGGCUAUUUCUGAUCUAUUGUUAUGUGUAAUAACAAUGCCUAUAACGUUGUUGGAAAUUCUCUCAAAGUACUGGCCGUUCGGGAUGUUGGAAGUAAUAUGCAAAUUAGUUGCCAUGCUGCAAGCGGUGAGCAUUUUCGUCUCGACCAUUUCCAUAACAGCCAUUGCCUUUGACAGGUAUCAGCUAAUUGUAUAUCCGACACGGGAAAGCCUUCAGGUUGGUGGUGUCAUAGCCAUUCUAGCUGGCAUAUGGCUAUUCGCGAUGCUGUUGGCCAGCCCCCUCUUCAUCUACAAACGCCUGGAACAGGCAGAAAUACCGCCACUUCUGGAAUCCUUAGGCAUCCAUGGUGUAUGCUUCUGCGUCGAAGAUUGGCCCGUGAGUCAUGGACGAUUCUAUUAUUCAAUAUUUUCGCUCUGCGUGCAAUACUUGGUGCCAAUACUGAUCGUAUCUGGUGCAUAUUUCGGCAUCUAUAAGAAACUACGAAGUCGUACAACGGUGGUGGCAAUGCAAACGCCACAACGCAACGCGGAACGUGGCCGCCGCAUGCAACGGACAAACUGCUUAUUGAUAACGAUUGCACUGAUUUUCGGCAUAUCGUGGAUGCCCUUAAAUGUUUACAAUUUAUAUGCAGAUAUGCGGAGUCCAAUGGCGGUGACGGAACACAUGCUUGUCAUAUAUGCUUGUUGUCACAUGCUCGGCAUGAGUUCCGCGUGCACGAAUCCUCUGCUCUAUGGAUGGCUGAAUGACAAUUUCCGUAAAGAAUUUAGAGAAUUAAUAUGUGGUUCUAAAGAAAACACUAAUGUUGCUCUUAAUGGUCACACGACAGGCAGUGGACAGACACGUCGGAGACGAAAGCACGCCGAAAUAUCCAAGGGUGAUUUGAAGUUGUUGCCCAACAACAAUGGCGUUGGCUUACGAAGUGCCGUGACCGAGUCGAUAGCGCUGACAGAAAAUCCAAUUUCCAUUGAAGUGACAACUCUGACUGCGGAACAAUAUAUGCUGAAUUCGGUGGAUGUACUGUAAUAUGUAUAAUAUCUGGUGUGCAUGUGAUGUUAUAAGGACAGCAUUUCUGCUAAAUUCUAUACAUAUGUAAACCUGACAUGUACAUAACAUUAACGAAUGAAAGAAUACCCUUUAGCACAAAACUGUACAGCAAAACACAAAUCAAAAGGCAAAAUGUGAUUGAACAAUGAAAAUACAAAAAAACAAAUUUGAGUGAUAUCUGCUUGGGCUUUGAUUUCUAAGCAUUAAGAUUGUAAAUACGGAUAUAUAUAGACUAGUCAAUUAUAAGCAUUUUUAAAAUAAAUUUUGCGUCAAAUUUAUUAUUGCAUGUA